AUGAAGUUCUUUUAUCAGGUCGUCACGACCCCCACAGCCGAUACUCCUGGCACAACUGUCCUGCUUCAGUUCCCAGAGAAGCGGUAUUUCUUUGGGCAGAUCUCCGAAGGAACUCAGCGGGCAUGUACGGAACGGGGUGUUAAGAUCGCUUACCUCACCGAUGUUUUCCUCACGGGUCGCAUGGAAUGGGGCAACAAUGGUGGAUUGAUUGGCGUGAUUCUCACGCUGGCUGACGGUGUUGCCAGUGCGAAUACUGCCCAGGAGGCUAUGGCCCGUGAGAAGGAGGCGCGCCAACAAAAGUCAGGAAAGUCUGCCAAACAGUCUCCUGCGAAGAAGUUGGAGCACGGCGUGCCCUACGCCGUUAAGGAUGGAGAGGCAGUUGCACAGCGGGGGACCUUGACAAUCCAUGGUGGUAAGAACCUGGCACAUACCUUAGCCACUGCUCGGAGAUUUGUCUUCAGGAAGGGUAUGCCGGUCUUCACACGGGAAUACGAUUGUGAGGGCAUGGCCAAGAAAGGGUCUGCAGAGGCAGAAGAUCCUUUCGAACAACCCACUUGGUCUGAUGAUAACAUCAAGGUAUGGGCUAUGCCUAUUCGUCCUCUCACAUCUCUGCAGCCGAAGGAUGUCCCCCGUGUUGCCCCGCAAAGCCCGAGAAAGAGGAGCCUUGAUGAAUUCAGAGAAGAAGUUACUACUCAGGAGGCGAUUGACCCGCGUACUCGCGACCAGAUUAUCAGGCAGUCGGUUAUAACGGACAUGUUCAAUUCGACAUGGAAAUUGGAUGCUUUGGUUGAGACCCCUUUGGCUGAAGUUAAGAUGCCCGCGGUCAUGUUUGUUCGCAAUCCAGAGACCAGGGCGCUUGAGCAAUACACGGGCCCUGCUCCGGGAAGCAAUGAACCGCUACCUGACAUCAAGGUUUUUGUACGCCAGCCUUGGCCAGGCGCAGCCGUUGAAAAAAUUCCUCCCACUACCUGGUGUGAUGAGGCAGUUUCUUAUAUCGUGCGGAAUCACGAUAUCAGAGGCAAGUUUGAUCCCAAGAAAGCGGAGGAGUUGAAGGUCCGUAAAGGCAAGGACUUCGGACGUCUGACGAAGGGCGAAUGCGUGGAAUCCGAGGAUGGGAAAACUAUCACACCUGAGAUGGUUCUGGGACCCCCACGACUUGGAAAAGGUUUAGCCAUUAUCGACUUACCUAGCUCAGAGUACGUGGAGAGUCUCAUUAGUAGGCCGGAAUGGAAGUCCCCUUCUGUCACUACAAAUCUUGAAGCAUUUAUCUGGAUACUAGGCCCCGGAGUCGGAGAUCAUCCCCGGCUACGUGAGUUUGUCGCCAGUAUGCCCCAUUGCAAGCACACUGUGUCUAGCUCGGAUUAUUGUCCAAACUACUUGGCUAUGGGCAGCAUUGCUGGGUCAUCUGUUCGUAUGGCACAGUUGAGGAGCGACAACUACCCAGUGCCAGUCCAUGAUAAUGUGAGUCUUCCGCAACCAGGAACACGUACUCAUGGUUCGGAGGUCACGGUGAGAAAUGUGCAGAAUUCGCCAUUUGAAGCAAUUGAACCUGGCCUUAUCAUUGACAUGGAACCCAAUUUUGACAUCAACCGUUCUGAGGUUGUCCCACGGUUUAAUGCGAUUGAGGCAGUGCAACGGAUGCCUGUGGCAGUCCAGAAACGUAUGAGUACAAUCGAUAAGCGAGUCAAAAAGGAAGAAUUCGAGGAAAAGCUGCGGCAGUUCCGUAAAGAUCUUCCAGGAGCCGAUGCGGAAAUCAUCACCUUGGGUACAGGUUCUUCUUCUCCUUCCAAAUACCGCAAUGUUUCCAGCACCCUCGUUCAUGUUCCUGGUUACGGUUACUAUCUGCUUGACUGCGGUGAGAACACGCUUGGUCAGCUAAAGCGCGUUUUCGAGCCCGAAAAGUUGCGAGAGGUUCUACAGAACCUGCGAAUGAUAUGGAUUAGCCAUUUGCAUGCAGACCACCAUCUCGGUACUGCUUCUGUCAUCAAGGCGUGGUUCCAGGAGAAUUAUCCGAAUGGAGAUUCGCAAACAAGCGCUCUUGAGACCGACAUGUCCAAGAUACUCAAGGAAAAGCGGUUGUUCCUCGUCUCUGAAGAAAACAUGAUCUGGUGGCUAGAAGAGUACGCAAGCGCUGAAAACUUUGGCUUUGGGAAAUUAAUUCCCUUGUCCGCCUAUCCUGUGAUCCAGAACAGGGCACUCCGGACCAAGUUUGUGUACCGACACUGCCGCGCGGACGGCUCAUUCCCUGGCCAGGAAGUUGAAACUUAUAGUCCCCGGAGUACAGAGCUCAGCUUUGACGACGAGUCAUCUCCGCUCACGCCACUUCUGCGCGAAGCCACAGGUCUUGCCGAUCUCUUAACCACAAAGGUGUCUCAUUGCCGUGGCGCUAUGGCAGUCUCACUUGUCUUCCCGAACGGCUUCAAGCUCUCCUUCUCGGGCGACUGCCGACCUUCCCCCAGCUUCGCCGCAAUCGGACACGGCUCCACCGUCCUUAUCCAUGAAGCCACCUUCCAGGAUGACAUGGGAGUAUCUGCGAUCGCCAAGAAACACUCUACGACAUCCGAAGCCCUAGAAGUUGGCCGCAGAAUGGAAGCUCGCGCCAUCCUCCUCACCCACUUCAGCCAACGGUACCAGAAGGUCGCGCACGUAGAAAAGAACCAAGGGCCCACCAAACGCCAAGAGACAGUUGUCCAGCCCGAACAACCGGACAUUCCAGACAACGAACCGGAAGAGGCCUCCCAAGCGCCAGCCUCCAAUGGGUACGUUCCAUCCUUCUUCAGCACUAUCAAGGUAGAGGGAAAGCCGCAGGUCAAGGUCCCCAUAGUCGCCGCUUUUGACUACAUGCGCAUCCGUGUUGGCGAUAUGCCCGUCGCGCAGGCGUACGCGCCGGCAGUGGAGAAGCUCUACGACAUCCUGGAGCGGGUUUCGGAAGAGGACUCCGAGAAGCAGCGCCAGCAGAAGGAGAAACAGGAGGCUGCCAAAAUGCAGGAGAAGAUGAGAAGAAAGGCCAAGCAUGACAAGAAGUCAAAGGCUGGUGCUAGCCUGGCCGAUGUGGAACCUACAGCUGCUAUCCCUGCCGAAGAAAUGGACCUUGACAAGAAGUCUCCGGUUAAGCGUCACUCGGCCUGGAGUGCCAGUGAAAGUGAAAGCGGCUGGAGCACCAGUGGCAGUGAUGAAGAAGCUGAGAUGCGUGCAAGGCGCAACGGCCGCAGUCCCAGUAGGACUCUGAAGCGUUCGAGCUAA